AUGAAAGCUGCUGAAAACUUAGCUCAAGAUGAAAAUGAGUGUAAGAUCUAAAUAGCAAAUGCAAAUCCUCAACCUCGGAGCUCUUCUAAUAGCAAGCAUAGCCAAGUCGGACAAAAAUAUAUAGGCUUUCUGAUGUCCCAAAUCAAGUUGAUGAAGCAAGUGAUUGAGCAAAACAGUAUUAUUAAUUCAAAAUUUCUAGAUAUCAGAAACGAAAUUGAGAGGCUGCAGCAAUCUAAUGCUCCUUCGGAAUCAGUUCAAGGUCCAGUUCCAACCAAAAAGAAUAUUUUGGAGUUAAUAUGCCCUGAAGUAGAAUCAUAUGAUUACAGCCUUUCAUUAGUUGAUAAAAUUCCUUCACCUGUCUGCAAGGGUAAAUACUUUUCGUUCAAUGUUUCACUCAAAAAUGAAGGGAUACUAAAGAUUCCAAUAGAAGAAAGGAUCCAGAUAAAAGUUUCUAUCUAUUCUGCAGAAAAUCCUCCAAAAGUAAUUAAAAAGAAUAUGAGUGGUGAAAUUAUGAUAAAAGGCCAUACUACAAGCACACUCACUUAUGACUCAAAACUGGGCACCCAUUCAGCAAGUUUUAAAAUCCAGCUUAAUGAAGUUACUUCGCAUUUUAUGAAUGGAUGAGUAUUUUUGGUUGUUGAAACUCAGACACCUUGCGAAUUUUUAGAAACACUGGGGAUAUAUAUUAAGCCUUUGAUAAUAAAGAAAUUGAUAAUUAAAGCAAAAGAAACGACUUGCAAAAGAUGGCGUGAGAAAGAGCAGGAGAUGAGAGAAAUUGCAUCUGAAGAGAAUUUAGAAAGCGGAAAUUCUGCUGAGUCUUAA